AUGAUGUGGUCCACCGUUUUCGCUUUUUUCGUGGUAUCUGUCUCUGCCCAUGCUACUUGGCAACAACUCUGGGUCGGUAGUACCGACAUGUCCGGCACCUGCGUACGCAAGGUGCAAGACAACUCACCCGUCGCCAGUGUGGAAGAUGCAACAAUGGCAUGCGGACGAGGGCCAGCCACUAGUUCAGGAGUCUGUGAGGUCACCGCGGGUUCCACCCUGACUGUCGAAAUGCACCAACAGCCCGGCGACCGGUCCUGCUCUAACCCCGCUAUCGGUGGCAAUCACUACGGCCCGGUGCUGGUAUACAUGGCUCCUGUCAACGACGCAAAAACUGCUGUCGGAAGCAGUGCAAGUUGGUUCAAGGUCGUGGAGGACGGCUACACUGGCACAACAGCUUCCUGGGGUACUGAGGUACUCAAUGCUAACUGUGGCAAGCGGACAUUCACUGUGCCCAAAUCUAUUGCAAGCGGCAACUAUCUUGUGCGUUCAGAGGCGAUUGCGUUGCAUGCAGGCGCGGGUAACCCACAACCAUAUGUGAGCUGCUUUCAGGUCAAUGUUGUGGGUGGAGGGAGUGUGAAACCAGCGGGUGUGAGCUUUCCAGGGGCGUAUAAGAAGAGCGACCCGUUGUUCAGCACGUCGAUUUAUGAUUCCAGCUUCAAGUAUGUUAGUCCGGGCCCGGGUGUUUUUGCUGGCUGA